CUCGCCAGCUGAUCGGCCUCGACUCCCGGUGCGGUCCGUCGGACUGUACGCGGCCGUUGAUUUGUUGAUUUGUGUUUAAAUUAAGUCAAAUAUACAGUAACAGCCACUCGUGCACGCAUAUUUAACUUCUUUCGCUGUCUUUUUACAUCGGGGAUUGAGCUGUAAAGCGUUUUGGGGUAAACGUCGAGCCGAGGAAUUCCCGCACAAGCAUUAGGCCGCUAGCGGAUCCCCGGUUUUUCUUUCAGCAGCACGCCGCCUUCUCGUCGCCACCAUGGGGGACACAGGGAGCGAACGCAGCAAGCCGCCCAGUAUACCUCCCCGCUGCCCAUGCGGAUUUUGGGGGUCUAGCAAAACCAUGAACCUCUGCUCCAAAUGCUUUGCUGACAUACAGAAGAAACAGCCAGACGAGGACUGCACUCCAGAGCCCGUCCCCAGCUCCAGCAAUAGCCAAUCAGCAGUCUUCUGUAACGAGACAAGCAGCAGCAGUAGCCAAAACCUGUCCUCCAAGCCAGCCAGCUCUGAGGAGCCCUCAUCAGAAGCCACGCCACUUUCUGCACAGGAAGAAGUCUCCAGUACAGACACAGCUCGCGGCACGCUAUCCACUCCAACAAAACGACCCUGUGACUCAGCCUCAGGUUCAGAGAGCGAAUCGUCCCCGGAGAAGCGUGUUCGAUUGGGCGAAGCCUCGUGUUCUGAAGAUUCUCCAAGAGUUCCCAAGCAGAAGAACCGUCGGCGGUGCCAUCGCUGCCAAACCAAACUGGAGCUUGUACAACAGGAGCUGGGGUCCUGUCGCUGUGGUUAUGUGUUCUGCAUGUUGCACCGGUUGCCGGAGCAACACAACUGUAUGUUUGACCAUCUGGGCCGCGGCCGAGAGGAAGCUGUGCUGAAGAUGGUUAAGCUGGACCGCAAGGUGGGACGAACCUGCCAGCGCAUCGGCGAGGAGUGCUCUUGAAUGCCCCCCCCCCACACACACACACACACACACACACACACACACACACACACACACACACUGCAGUCCGCUUAUUCAGCUAUCUGUGGUGCUUUCAUACAUACACACACAUACACCUCAAUCACCCGUUAGUGGCAUCUUUAUUCCUCUGUUACAUCUCAGAGGACUCAACACCGCUUAAGUAGCCUCAGGCUCAUCACACACAGGCACCUUCACUGCCUUAACUUUCUGUUGUCUGCCCCCACUCCCACACACAGCCCCUCAUACAGUACAAAUACAGGUCAGUAGGUCAGAUUAAUGUCCCUCAAGGUCACGCUUCCAAACAGUCUGUACUUUGGAGAACUGCACUUUCUCAUUGGCAGCGAUCGACUCCAGGGGAACACAUCAGUCGAUCAAAUCCUCUGGGAAUUUCUGUUCAACAUCCAGAAGUCUCCAUCACACGGACGUUUACAUGACCUGGAUCCCACUGUCCCGUGAUGACCUUGGGAAAAGCCCGACUUUGCUUUUUCGGCACAGUGGCUCUUUCGCGGUGUGAGUGAUUUUCCUCGGCUGAGCUGCGAGAGAGCCGUGCCUGUUUUACUCUCAUACACUCUCACUCACAUAUGCACUUACAGCUGUGUUGUCAUAUAACGCUUGGUCCAACAUGAGGGCCGAGGCGAAUCAAAACGGUACCCUUUUUGGGUGCUGUUGGGAAAGGGCCGCCCACAACUCAUCUGGGAACUGUAAUUCGUUCAGGUCUGAUUAAACACUCUGUAACCUCGUAAAACUCCCAUCAGCCCCUGCAAAAUAUGCUCUGCCUCUUUUUAAAACAGCUGAAAAUCUGUUCAUUCUUACCCCUUUUUCUCACUAGUUUCUAUACUGUCCCUUGCCUGCCCAUGCUACUUUUUUCUUGCUAAACUGUCUUUCUGUAUUCUCUGUAUUCUUUCUCUUUUUCUUCCUCUCCUUCACUUCCACGGCAUUAUGGAGGGAUGUGUUCACCACAGGUGGGAACGGGGAAGGUAGAAUGUCCAUUCACCUGUGCUUUUGUUUUAUUUUUUACUUUCAACUGGUUUCUGUUAAGAUGUUGACAAGGACAGAACUGAAGAAAAGAGAUGAAUAUUGUGUAUCUUAAGAAAAAUCCUUAUUUAACCUCCUUUGUGUUUCUGGUUAACUCUCACUCUAGCAUAGAGCUGUAUUACUUUGCCCUUUUUAGGUUAAGAUAAAAAAUACAUACAAGAAUUAUGAAGAUAUGGAUGAGAUAAAGCUUCUGUAGCCUUUUUUGAUUUCUUAUUUUCCUUAUUUCCUUUUCUCUUUUGCUGAAAAAGAAUAAACUGGAUUAGAGGAUGUGUGGUAUGCUUUUUUUAAACGUGUAUGAAUUAAAGAAAUUCUAUUCAUAUACAUGUACACAAAGGUUGGACAAAAGAAAAGCGACAUAUAAUAGUCAUGACAACUCGUGGGAGAAUUAGUAUGAGAUGUCGAAAUCAUUAUACAGUUAAUUCAGAAAGUAUUUUUCUCAGAUUCUGUUAUGUUGCAGCCUUAUGAUGAAAUGCUUUUAGAUUAUAAAUUUUUCACAUCAAUCUACACUCCAUACCCCAUAAUGACAGAUUUUUGAUAACUUUACAAAUAUAAGACUUAAGUAUUCAGACCCUUAUCUCAGUACUUCGUUGAAGCACCAUUGGCAGUGAUUACAGCCUCAAGUCUUUUUGGAUUUGGGGAUUUUCUGCCAUUCUUCUCUGCAGGUCCUCUCAAGCUCUGUCAGGUUGGAUGGGGAAUGUCGGUGGAUAGCCAUUUUCAGGUCUCUCCAGAGAUGUUCAAUUGGGUUCAAGUCACCCCCACAGCAUG